GAGACACUCACUCAACUCAUACUUCGCUCAGAGUCCUCAGCGACUUGACUCCACUCCACUAUUUCAGUCGCUGAUCAAUUUUCUGUUAAAUACUGCCUAUUUUUAACAAGAUUUAAGUUUUUCAUACUUAAUAAUUGUUUUAUUGAGAAGUGAUGGGGUGGACAAUUUCUACUUCUGAGGUUUGAAUCGAGCAAGAGUAUACCUACCUAGGUAGGAAAUGGGAACGGAAGCAUUUCAGCAAUGAAUAACAAUCCAGAAAACCGUGUUUACGGCCGAGUAGCCGGUAACCAUAACCAAGCCGGGCCAGCACCUAACAACCAGCAUCGGGAUUACUUGCGUCAACCAGGCGAGGAAGCACGCCAAGGGUUGGUGUGGUUACGCGUACCACAGGGCGGUCAAAGGCAAUGCGUCCAAGUUUACGGCCGAGUAGCCGGUAACCAUAACCAAGCCGGGCCAGCACCUAACAACCAGCAUCGGGAUUACUUGCGUCAACCAGGCGAGGAAGCACGCCAAGGGUUGGUGUGGUUACGCGUACCACAGGGCGGUCAAAGGCAAUGCGUCCAAGGUUUUAACGGGCACGAUGGAAGACGACAGGGUUAUAGCCCGAGACAGAACCAAGGGAGACAUAAUAAUCAAAAUCGUUACUUUAAUCUGUUCGACGCCGUACAAGAGAAUCGACACGAAAACCGUCAGCAGAACCGUAACAAGGGAUGUAUGGGGUUCCGCACUCUUGAGGAGAUGGCGCAGUCCGACAUUAACGACAUUAUUACGAAAAUCGGCGAAAAUAAAAGCUCAUUUAUGAAUCUACUGGAAUCUACAAUCGAUAAAGACGACAUAUACGUUCUCGUUGUGGCGGUAAUAUCAAAAAUUUGUCAAUCUCCAUUUGACGAAUUGAAAUCGAAAUUACUUCUGGACAUAUGCAACUCGCGUUUUAUGAAAAAUUUAGGGAAUUAUCUCAUUGAAUUGCCUUAUACAGACACAAAACAGAAAAAUAAUUUGUACUGGAAUAAUCAACAAGCAUUUUGGAUGAACUACGUCACUUUUUGUGACUGUAUAAUAAACGUUUCACCUUCAACUGCUCUACAAAAAUUAAGGCCCUUAAUUGAAGGAGCAUCAAAAUGCUGUUUGGAAGGAUUGAAUGAAAAACAUGGGUUCAGUUUAAGUGAAGAACAAAUAAGAGAACUGGACCAAUUACGAACUAGAUUAACAACUUGUGAGAAGGAAGACAGUGAAAAGACCGCAACGGCAGCGCCGAAGAAAGGGAUUAAUGUCGACUCAGAAGCGUUGGAUCCACCGAAGGACUUCCGUGUGCUGAGCGUGGUGCCGACUCUCGAGGACUUGCUGGAGCAGCGACCAUUCGUGCGGCCCAACAUCGUGGACGGCAGCUACAGCGACGUCGAACACUACCUCGACGUGCAGUUCAGGCUGCUGCGCGAAGAUUACAUAGGACCCCUGCGCGAGGGAAUCGGUCAACUUAUUGAACGUCCGAAUGAAAAGAAAUAUGACCACAUCAGAGUAUAUCGGAACGUAAAGUUCUUUGAACCUUACGUAUCUGGCGAUAAGAUAGGUGCAGUUAUACAAUUUGAUGAAAAUACUAUGAAAAGAAAUCGAUACACAAACUGGGCCCACAACAAACGACUCAUAUACGGGUCGUUACUAUUGUUUACCAAAGACAAUUGCAGAAGUUUCAUUACUGGCACCAUUUUGGACCGAGAUGUCACACUUUUGAGUAAAGGAAAGGUACCAGUAUCUAUUCUAAACGAAGAAGCGGACAAUAUUUACAACAAUUCAUACACCAUGAUAGAGAGCGAAAUAUACUUCGAGCCAUACUAUCACGUUUUGAAAGCUCUACAGGAUCCCAAAUUCCCGGAAAACUUGGCAAUGCAAAAAUAUAUUGUUCAAGUGGACACUCGUCCAAAUCCUCCGAAUUAUGUAUCCCCACAAACUAUGUAUGCGGUACAAACAAAACAUAGGGAAGAAAUGAAAUUCAAUGUUCUAAAUGAUUUAAACUGGCCCACGAAAGAAGAUAUAGGUUUAAAUGAAAGCCAACAUGAGGCGUAUAAGUUAGCUUUGACUCAUGAGUUCGCCGUAAUCCAAGGUCCACCGGGCACAGGCAAGACGUUCCUUGGUGUCAAAGUUGCGAAAACUCUCCUACAAAAUGUACAAACUGAAGGAUGUCUCAUGCUCGUAAUUUGUUACACCAAUCAUGCACUGGAUCAGUUUCUCGAAGCUAUACUGUCAGUCACGCCAUCCAUAGUGCGGAUCGGCGGCCAAUCGCGCAAUGAAGCAAUGGAACAGAUAAAUUUAACUACACUCAGAAAGAACGACAAAGGCAGCUAUGCUUCGAAAACCCUAUAUUAUGAACAAAAAACAUGUUUAAAAAUUGCAAUUCGUGAAUUGCAAUAUGCUCAAGAACGUUUAGAUUCUCUUAGCACAGGAGUUAUUGCAUACGAUAGUCUGAAACAACACAAUCUGGAAGUGGCAAUACUUGGCCGAUAUUACGCCAAAUUUAGAAAUAAUCUUCAAACAGAUCCUUUAAAACAUUGGCUGUUUGAACACAUUAAUUAUAUCGGUUUUGAUGACAUUGUUACCAGAGAAAAUAUCGCUGAAACCAACGAAGACCAGAGAGAGAGGGAUGACGAAGAAGAGAGAGUCAAUCCCAUCUUAGAUGUAUUUGAAGAUGAUCUUGAAUAUAAAAUAGAUUUACAUUUGACAGGCGAGGAACAGAUUAACAUGUCCUUUUCAGUUGCAGACCUAGAGAAAAAAAUUCAUCAUUUAAUUCUACUCUACCCAAAAAUUACUAACAAACAAAAACAAAAAAUGUUGCAACGAGAAAUUGUUAUUUGUAAAUCACAAAUAACGUUUUAUUAUGAUAUGAGGGCGAACCGUACGCGACAGCCCCAGCGCGUCAACAAUAGCACCAACUUUGGUGCGAUGUCAAUGGCGGACCGCUGGUCACUGUACUACAGCUGGGCCAACGUUAUUGUCGACAAAGCAAAAAGACACAUGAAACCGCUACAGGAUGCAAUUGAAUCCGCAAACAAAGCUUAUGAAGAAGCUAGGAUGAUAUUGGAUCUUAAGAUGUUGAAAAAUGUUAAAGUCAUAGGGAUGACUACAAGUGGAGCAGCUAGAUUGCGCAAGUUAUUACAAGCCUUAACUCCGCCUAUCGUGAUAGUAGAGGAAGCAGCGGAAGUUCUUGAGCAGCACAUUGUUACCUCUUUAACAAAGAGCUGUCAACACCUCAUUCUUAUUGGGGAUCACCAGCAGUUGCGGCCGUCGGCUGCCCAUCUUAAGCUGGCGCGUCAUUUCAACAUUGAGGUCUCGCUGUUCGAGCGGAUGAUCAAGAACGGCAUCCACAGCCGGCGGCUGGGCGUGCAGCACCGCAUGCGGCCGGAGAUCGCCGCGCUAAUCGCGCCUCACAUCUACCAAGACCUUCACAACCAUCCAUCUGUUGAGAAAUUCCCUAAUGUUCGGGGAAUGGCUGACAACUUGUUCUUUUUGACACAUAACUACAAAGAAAAGGAAGUUGCAGAUAGUGGGAGUCGAUCAAAUGAGUUAGAAGCAGACAUGACCCUGAAGUUGGCAAAUUAUCUGAUGCAGCAGGGAUACGCGCCUGGUGACAUCACGGUACUCGCUACUUAUUCUGGACAAAUGUUCUACAUGAGAAAGGAACGUGAAAAAUAUGCCCAUCUAAAUAAAGUGAAGAUCACAGUGGUUGACAACUACCAAGGAGAAGAGUCUAAAAUAAUUCUCUUGUCUUUGGUGCGAAAUAACGAUAAUAAUAAAAUUGGAUUUUUAAACACGGAUAACCGAGUCUGCGUCGCUCUUUCCAGAGCUCGAGAAGGCUUCUACAUAUUAGGCAAUAUAGAGAUCUUGAAAAGAAAUUCUGUCCUUUGGGAAAAAAUCGCAACAACUUUGCAAAACAGUGCUUCGUUGGGAACAUCGUUAAUGUUGAAAUGUGAAAAUCAUCCGCAAGAUAUAACUACGAUUUCGUCGCCAAAGGAUUUCGAUAAGGUGCCAGAAGGAGGGUGUCUUCAGAAAUGCGGAUCCAACCUGCCGUGCGGGCACCGUUGUCCGUUGAUCUGUCACGGGUACGACCGCGGACACGCCAACGUAAAAUGCUACCAGAAUUGUGAAAGGGUGCUUUGUGAGCUUGGUCAUGUAUGCCCACUGAUUUGCUCAGUGGCAUGUGAACCGUGUAAAAUUUUCAUCAAAAAGGAUUUGCCGUGUGGCCACCAGAUGGAACUGCACUGCUUCAAGGAUCCUACGCACCCAUCCGUCAAAUGCCUUACCACAGUCGACGUCACUCUCCCUAAAUGUGGCCACGAGGCAAAGAAAUUUUGUUACAUGAAAAUAGAAUCGGUGAAAUGUCCAGUGCGAUGUAUCUACCGCGUGCAGAAAUGCGGCCACGAGUGCCGUCUCAACUGUCACGUGGACGACGACCCUGACCAUGACAGAUAUAUCUGCGAAAAACCCUGCGCGAACGCAAAGCGUGGUUGCACUGCAGAUUUGGAGUUAGAUCGAGGUGAUCAUCAAUGCCCCAAAAAAUGUCAUGAGACUUGUGCCGAUUGCACCGUUGAGGUGGUAAAAAAGCGGUCGACAUGCCAGCACUCGAAACGCGUUCAAUGUAAUGAAGACGUAGAUGAGACGCCAUGUCGCAAGAAUUGUGCCCGAACACUUCCUUGCAACCACCCCUGUAAGAAGAAAUGCCAUGAACAGUGCGGAGACUGUAAACAAAAGGUCAUUAAAACCAUACCAGAUUGCAACCACAUGGUCUCACUUCUGUGUAUGACUCCGGCGACACGGAGCACUUGUAGGAAGAAGUGUGAAAGGAAGCUGCCGUGCAAUCACACGUGCACCCAACCAUGCGCCGAACUAUGUGCCACAGACAAAUGCCCUGAAAUCAUACCUAAGAAAUUUCAGUCACCCUGUGGUCAUGAAGUGAUGAUUCCAUGCCAUGUCUACUCUUCAAUGAACAAUUCGGAUGAGUGGAAGAUGGGGCUGCUGCAGUACUGCGUGGAGGCGUGUGGCGCGUUGCUGGCGUGCGGGCACGAGUGCGCCGGCACGUGCGCCCGCUGCCGCCAGGGCCGCCUGCACGCGCCCUGCGCGCGCGCAUGUCACCGCCCCAAUAUCUGCGGACACCAGUGCAAUGAGCCUUGCAGUCAAGCGUGUCCGCCGUGCAACAAGCCGUGUGAAAUCAAGUGUCCACAUUCUCGCUGUGGAAAAGUGUGCGGCGUACCGUGCACGCCCUGCAAGGAGAAAUGUAUGCGGUCGUGUCGGCACGGGUCGUGUACGCGGCGCUGCGGCGAGCCGUGCAGCCGGUCGCCGUGCGACGCGGCGUGCGAGCGCUCGCUGCCGUGUGGCCACGCCUGCCGUGGGCUCUGUGGCGAGCCCUGCCCGGACAUCUGUCGCCUCUGUCGCCCCGACGAUUUCCCCAGGGACUUCUUGGGCGACGAAUUCGAUGAUGAUGUCAAGUUUAUUCAGCUGCAGGAUUGCACGCAUGUUCUUGAUUUGGAAAAUAUGGACAACCUGAUGACAGGGGACAGAGAAACCGUAUCCAUACGAACUUGCCCAUUCUGUCGGACACCUAUCAUCAACACAUACCGCUACAAGGACUUAAUAAACGACAAGUUCAAAACUGAGAUAAAUCCCAUAAAGGAAAAAAUCUACGGAAAUGAAGCUAAAAUUAAACAGAAAACAACAAAAUUAAUUGCUGAAGUCAAGUUGUUCUCUGAUGCAAACAAACAUAUUUUCGCAGAAAAUCCAGCCAUUCGUUCCGCAUGGGCUGCGCUGUAUAAAGUUCUCAAAAACCAAAAGAUGGCGUCGCUAUUAAAGCUGGAGACGCAGUCUCAGUAUCUGGAAAUUUUGGAAAUGAUUGUUGGUUAUUAUCGAAAAUAUAAAACCGACAAACUGACGGCUCUAAAACAAGAAACGUUGCAAGUCAUACAACUGUUGUGUAAAGUGUUAACUACCAAUGUGCACAAAAUCAGUCAACAAUUCCAGAGAGAUAUGGGUACAGAAUUGCAGCGCAUGAAUUCAAUUAUUCAGUUGGCAAAAAUACUCAGUAAUGGUUCAUUCAUAAGCUCGACGGAUGCCCCUAACGUGAAACAAGCAGCCGAAGAGGCGAAAAAGCUCGUGUUUACCUGUAAGGUGUUUGACCAAAACCAAGCUAUCAUAGCGUUGAAGGAACUACAGGAAGCAGUUAAUAUGUCCGGUAUUGUGCAAAAAGCAGAACGAGAUUUGAUUGUGAAAGCGAUCGGUUCAAAGGCUGGCUCGUGGUACAAAUGUCCGAAUGGCCAUUUUUAUUCUAUUGAUGCGUGUGGAGGAGCAAUGGAGAUCAGCAAAUGCGCCGAUUGCGGAGUUCCGAUAGGUGGUCAGGGACACGCUCUGCUGGCGAGCAACGCCCACGCAGGGGAAGUAGAUGGAUCGCUCCACGCUGCCUGGUCCACAGCCUACAACGACAUGAACAAUUUUCGACUUGAUUAAUUUUUAAUAAAGAAGUUUUUUAGUGGAACAAUCAAAAGAGGCCUUUGCCCAGCAGUGGGAUAAAGUAGGCUAGAUAAAAUAAGAUUCGUUUUUAAUCCGUAGUUAAGUACCUAUGUACCUAUUUAGUUACUGAAAAUAUAGAAUUGCUAAUUAAUUACCUAUCAAUGUUAGUAGUAUGAUGUGUAAAGAUAAAAGGAUAGGCAAAAAUACAAAGCGUGUAGCUGCCUCGAAUGUAAAAUCAUUAUUCUAUAAAAAAAAUGAAUAUCACCAUGUAUACUAUAAUCCAUUUGAUAAAAAUAAAUAAACCUCUUACGUGUAUUGAUUGGCAGAAUUACAUUAAUUAUCUUUAA